AUGCCCAAGGCCACCCAGCAAGAUCCCAACAGCGAUCAACCCCUGAACAGCCUUGAUGUCAGCCCCCUGCGCAAAUCCCGCACCUCCCUGGAGACCUUCAGAAAGGUGGGGAUCCCCAUCAUCGCAGCACUGCUGAGCCUGCUGACCAUCACGGCCGUGGCUGUCCUCAUCAAGGUGGUUCUGGACAAUUACUUCCUCUGCGGGCAGCCCCUCCACUUCAUCCGGAGGGGGCAGGUGUGUGAUGGCCAGCAGGACUGUGCCUCAGGAGAGGAUGAGCAGCACUGUGUCAAGGAAUUCCCCGAUGGACCUCCAGUGACAGUCCGCCUCUCCAGGGACCGAUCCACCCUGCAGGUGCUGGACCUGACCACAAAGAACUGGGCCUCCGCCUGUUUCGACAACUUCACAGAAGCUCUAGCCAAGACAGCCUGUGGGCAGAUGGGCUAUGACAGCAGCAAACCCACCUUCAGAGCCGUGGAGAUUGGCCCAGCCCAAGACCUGGAUGUUGUCAAAAUCACAGAGAACAUGCAGGAGCUUCAGGUGCGAAAGUCAAAUGGCCCCUGUCUCUCAGGCUCCCUGGUUUCCCUGCAGUGCAUUGCCUGUGGAGAGAGCCUGAAGGUCCCUCGGGUGGUGGGUGGGGAGAUGGCCUCCGUGGAUUCUUGGCCUUGGCAGGUCAGCAUCCAGUAUGACAAACGACACAUCUGUGGAGGGAGCAUCCUGGACCCGCACUGGAUCCUCACGGCAGCCCACUGCUUCCGGAAGCAUCUCGAUGUGUCCAACUGGAAGGUGAUGGCCGGCUCAGACAAACUGGGCAACUUCCCCUCCCUGCCUGUGGCCAAGAUCUUCAUCACUGAGCCCAACAUCACGUCCCCCAAAGAGCAGGACAUUGCCCUCGUGAAGCUGCAGCUCCCGCUCACAUUCUCUGGCACAGUCAGGCCCAUCUGCCUGCCCUUCUCUGACGAGGAGCUCACUCCAGCCACCCCACUCUGGGUCAGCGGAUGGGGCUUUACAGAACAGAAUGGAGGGAAGAUAUCUGACAUACUGCUGCAGGCAUCUAUCCAGCUCAUUGACAGCACUCGGUGCAAUGCAGAGGAUGCGUACCAGGGGGAGGUCACCGAGAAGAUGCUGUGUGCAGGCAUCCCGGAGGGCGGUGUGGACACCUGCCAGGGUGACAGCGGUGGGCCUCUGAUGUAUCUCUCUGACCGGUGGCAAGUAGUGGGCAUCGUGAGCUGGGGCCAUGGCUGUGGGGAGCCGAAUACCCCGGGAGUGUACACCAAGGCCACAGCCUAUCUCAACUGGAUCUACAAUGUCCGGAAGAAUGAGACUAUCAGACAUUUUCCAGAAAACUGA